GCAUCAAAAACGUGUCCAGUAUGAUAUUUAACAGGCGCCGCUGUUGUCGACUGUCUGAUUGACACCUCCAAAUCAUAGUCUGCUCUUAGAUCCUGUUUAUCCUCCGGACGUCUCUCUCAGCUCUCUCAGUUGAAGAUCGUCAGAUAACUCUAUUUUCACUUUCUCCUUUUCUGCUAAACAUCGUGAUAAAGAUCAAACUCAAGGACCAGUGAGGGAGUCUUCUACAUAAUGAUCAAAAUUUCAGAAUGAAACUGGAUCUAAACUCCUCCAACAUGUCUGUGGAGUCUGGUGCUGUCAGGCCGGAGCAGGGCCCGGUGGAGUACCGCAUUGCAGGCCUGAUCUUCUACUGCUUCGUCUUCAUCAUAGGCAUCAUAGUCAAUGUCACAGCUUUAUGGGUGUUCGCCCUCACCACCAAGAAGAGGAACUCUGUCACGGUCUACAUGAUAAACGUGGCGGUGGUGGACCUCACCUUCAUCCUGCUGCUUCUCUUCAGGAUGGUUUACCACCACCACGACUACUGGCCCUUUGGAGAUCUUUUCUGCAGAAUCAGUGCAGCUCUCACCAUCUUCUACCCCUGCAUGGCUCUGUGGCUGUUCGCUCUGAUCAGCGCAGACCGCUACAUGGCCAUAGUCCAGCCGAAGCACGGCAAAGAGCUGAGGAACGUCCCGAAGGCCGUGGUGGCGAGUCUCGGGGUGUGGCUCAUGACUCUCGGCUGCACUGUACCCCUGCUCUUCUCUGAGGAAGACCCCGAUCGCAUCUCCAACUUCACCACCUGCAUCAAGAUGCAAGACAUCAUCUACAUGCGCCACGACAACCCCGUCAACUUUGUGCGGCUCAUCUUCUUCUUCCUGGUUCCCAUAUGCAUCAUGAUAGGCUGCUACAUUGUCAUUGUGGACAAUCUGAUGCAUGGCCGCACCUCUAAACUCAAACCUAAAGUGAAGCAGAAGUCCAUCCGGAUUAUCAUCACACUGAUUAUCCAAGUGUUGGUGUGUUUUGUGCCUUUCCACGUGUGCCUGGUGCUCCGUUUGCUGGGGAAAGGCAAAGACGGGGGGUUUAGCACAGGGGCAGUCUUCACCACGUUCCUGAUGAACAUGAGCACAGUGUUAGAUAUCAUUCUGUACUACAUCGUCUCCAAGCAGUUCCAGGACAGGGUGAUCAGCGUGAUCCUGUACAGGAACUAUCUGCGAAGUGUGAGACGCAAGAGCAGGCACACGCACACAGGCAGCGUCCGAUCAAUGAGCAACCUGACCAGCGCAAUGAUAUGAAGCCGCCGUCAAACGUCCAUGUAGAACAGUGCGCUGAUAUGCACUGUGCACGCUUUGGCACAAUGUAACACUGAAUGCAUCACUGUGUACAUGGUUCAUUAUCAAAAGGAUCAAAACUUGCAAUUAAUUUCCAAGGUGUAAUUUGCACUCACAGUAUGGGAGUGCUGCUGUUGUGGCAAAAACAUCUGUGUUCAGAGCUGAUUGACUUGCCCAUGAGACUUGAGAUGUUUUCUGUGCAUCUUUGCUCUGGCAGACAAAGCACGGGUGGCUCAGGUGUAAUACAUGAAGGCGUAAAUAAAGCUCCUAAUUAUUAAAAACAUAGCCCACAGUAUCUCAGCGUUUGCUUUGUUACUAUGUAGAAAUACUGAAACCACUUUCAGCUUUGCCACUGCAUCAACCAGCAUCUAUAAAGGGCCUGACUGCCUCCAAAACCUACAGGAAACAAUGGUGGGUUUUUAAAGGGGGUUGCUGCUUUUGUUUGGUGCUGCACCACAUUUGCAACGUCGCCUCUGUAGCACCUCGAUGCAGCAUCAUGACUUAAAUAUAGCCAUCAACGCAUGCAGGACGUGAUGAGGUGCAAAUAAACCAGUUUAUCUGACGGGCAACACUUCACAAUGUCAUAUGUGUGGAGUCUCACUAGACAUAGGACAUAAUUAUAACACCCACAGGCGCCCUGGAAGCUGCUGUAAACGUAUCGACCAGGUGAUGGCAGCAUGGCACAGCUAGAGCCCAGCCACCUGCCAGAGCAAGACAAAACAGUGCUCUCUUUACCUGUGAAGUGCAUAGUAAAGAUUUCCCAUUCUCUGCUUUAGUUCUUUAUACUCUUAAUGUUUUUUUUAUAUAUAUAUAUGUGCAUUUCAUUGCAUUUCAGCUGGCUUUAUAAAAGCAAAUAUUUUCACUUCUAGUUCUGUGAAGUAAUCAUUCCACCUCAUCACAGAGAAGCUGCAAACGACAGUCGUAACAGCCUCCUCGACCACGAAUCAGACCGAAGUGUGUUUAUGGCGCAAUGCGAAUCGUAUUGAUUAGAUGUUAAAUGAUUCAGUCACUUAAAGUGCAUUUACAGUAACAUCCUCAAGAGAUGUCAGCGAGGCUAUUUACUAGAUUUAAAGCAACCUUAACCUUAAAAGAGAAAACCUUUUCUGCACGGGGAUGCUUUAAUGUCAGGUCUCUGCUGCGAGUGUACAUCCUGAAAUUCAUCAUCAAUUUAUUCCUCAAAUGACGGCCAAGUUAGAGGACAGCGAACGCAGUGACAGUUCCAGCUCCACGAAGACACUGUUUAAUUUAAACGUGGGAGAAAAUGUCAGGUUUGAAUGUGACGGCUUUGAUAGGUGUCCUGCACAAACACCACCAGAGCUGAGGAUUGAUUUGGUGUUGCCAGUCGCUAAAAUAAUCAAGUUAGUGUGUCUGUCACACAGCGCAGUCUUAACCGGAUUAGACAGUGAGUCAGUGUAGCUGAGUAACUAUGCAGUGUCUCAUGCAAUUAGACAGUCAAGGCACCCUGUGGUGUAACCGCAUGUACCAUAGCAGUUCUCAGAAUGGUUAUCUUAUGGAUGAUCAAUUGCAAACAAAAUGAAAUAAAGUGAUUUACACUCUGCAAAGCUGCAAAGAGACGCUUUCUGUAGCCUGUUAAUGUUUCCCACAUCUCCACAAGCAUGCCCAGUUAAACUCUCACUGAGAUGUGUAAGACGGUGGUUAAAGGAUAAACUGUACUGGGAGUCCAUAUGGUUCUUGGCUGGUUUGUCCAGUGCUCAUAGGUCAAGCAGUGGUCAGGCCGUGGAGUACAGACGGGCGAGAUUUACACUGUUUUAAUAAGAGGAGGCAGACUACGAGAUUUCCAUCUCACGCGGAAUUCUGGGAACUGCAGUUCAUCACAUGAUGAUAGGUUUAUUGGCCGGUGGACUACAAGUGGAUUUAUAACCAAGGGGUCAAAGGUCAAAUGAAACAUCAGAGAGUCGUCUAUCUGUCCCACCUGUUAGACAUCAAAGAAAAACCAGCCACGCUGCUCACAGCAACUGGCAUUUAAAACAAUUAAGUUUCCUGUCAAGUCCCUGUGAUGAAUUAUCCGGAAGCUUUGCCCGCUGUAAUUCUAAAUCUUCCCAACAAGUGCCUUUGUUGUAGAGAAAUUAAUGAAAACAAGAUUGUCUUUCAUAGGAGCUGAUCUAACAGCGCGACAGCCAGCUGCUCUUCUUUGGGAAUAAAAACAGUCAGCAUUAAACACAGCUCACGCAAAAUACUUUCUUUUUUUUUUUUUCUACCACUCGUGUGGAAAACAAAUCAGGCGGCGAGCGCAGUGGCCAUCUGUUUUGUUAUUUGAUAUGUGUGAAUACAUGUUGUAAUGACUUUGUUUGUGAAUCACUCUCCGCGGCAGAACACACGAGAGCUCUCGAAGUGCUGGAGUGUUCAAAGCUAAUCAUAUAAUUGGACACAAUAGUCGAUGACAAAUGGAGACGCUUGGAGCCAGCCAGCUGGGGAAGUGAAUAUGUAAUCAUUGUAAAAUCAUAUCAUUUUUGCAUAUUUGAAGACAGCUUAAUAGAGUUUGCGUGUCAGCACACGAUCAAGUGAUGAUCAGAGACAGUGUGGCUGUAUUUGUUUUUCCAAAUAGUGCUUUGGUAGACUAUCCAUCUUUAUCACAAUUAAA